AUGAUGGAAAAUGACGCUGAGGGUGAAAUUGCGGACAUGCUCUCAAUGUGCAACAAGUACCCAGAUUUCGAUGAUGAAGAAAGAGUAAGACGUGUGGACGAUGACUUUCGUGAUGUCAUAACAGUAUUCGAUGCCCCAUUUGAAGGAAAAUCGCCAAGUCCAGCAGUUAUCGUUUUCGAUGAAUUGGUGGACUCUGAUGGAUCAAGCAAGUAUCUUAACUUUAAAAUGGAACAAUCAUAUGAAAAAGUGGAUGAAAUUCCGGAGAAGAUAGAUGCUGAACGAAUUCGUUACGCUAUUCAUCUGGGCUCUCACUCGCAAAAAAAUGUGCUCCAAAUCUUUCAAUCUGCUUAUUCCGAUGGUUAUACUGAAGAAGACAAAAAUGGAAAAGUUCCAGUCGGGGGUAAAGUCAAGUGUGCUGAAACUGAAACUGGUUUCAGAACCAAGAUCAAUUGCGAAAACGUCGUAACGGCGGUCAAUGAAUAUAUGGAUUCGAAUAGGGAAAAGUUUGGAGAACUGAGAAUAGAGACCUUGAAUAAGGCGGAGAGAAAUCUCGACGGCUACAUUUAUUUCAGUUUUCUAAAGCAGAAACCUUGUAGAAAUUUGUUCAUUCGAAUUCCGCCUUUGGAACACGAGAAAAAGAUAGCAACUGACCCUAUCUCAUCCCCCACCAAACUCCACUUCAUUUCAUUUUUUUUUCUGUUCCUCGUCUCCUAUAUCGAAAAAGAACCAGGGAAGAUGAUGGAAAUUGGCGCUCAAGGUGAUAUCGCGGAUAUGCUCACAAUGUGCAACAACUUCCCGGGCUUCGAAGCUCCGAUGAGAUAUAUGAUUGAAAAUUCCCACGAUGUUGUAACAGUAUUCGAUGGAAGCCCAGCAGUUAUUGUUUUGGAUGAAUUGGUGAAAGCUGAUGAAUCCAGUUAUCUCCCGUUCAAAAUGAAAAAAUCUUAUAAAAAAGUGGACGAAAUCGCGGCAAAGAUGGCUUCUGAAGAGAUUCAUUUCACAAUUCAUCUGAGCUCUCACUCGCAAAAAAAUGUGAUCCAAAUCUUUCAAUCUGCUUAUUCUGAUGGCUAUACCGAGGAGGAUAAAAAGGGAAAAAUUCCAGAAGGGGGUAGAGUCAAGUGUGCUGGAACUGAAACUGGUGCCAGAAGCAAUGUCAAAUGUGAGGAAGUUGCCAAGGAGGUCAAUGAGUAUAUCGAUUCGAAUAAGGACAAGUUCGGAGACUUGAAAGUGGAGAGUUUGGGAAAAGCGGACAGCAAAAACCCCCCGGCGAUCUUGCUCCCAUUCCCAUCCCACCCACACAUUUUAUGAUGAUUCGAUUUCUUCAUUCGGUCCGAUAAAAGUCGGCGCUAGCGCUGACAUUUUCACACAUCAUCUCAAUGCGUCUUCAGUGUGCUGCCUUCGUUCUUCUUCUUGGCUGUGGCAUGUCAAACCUACUCCACAGCCAUGCCUGAAAGAACCAGACCCCCUCCCUACCCUAAUAAUGAUAACCCGCACGGGGUCUACAAGUUUCUGACCAAAUUAUUGAACAUGAAAUCUGAAGCCAAUCUUCGCGGCAUGAUUGAUAUUGAGUUUUACUACCAUACGUGCGAAGCAAAAAAGUACUUCAGGAAUGAAGUCAUCAAUUAUCUUGUCAACUUAAAAUCAAA